CAGGCUGAUGAAAUUGUUUUCUGUAGCUGUCAUUCCCUGCUUCUCCACCUCCAUCUGGGCUGCUCUCUCUUUAAUUCACUCUCCCUCACGUCCACGCUACUCUAUAUAAAGUCAGUUUGAUUGAGUGUCUUUUCCUCUCCUGUGCACUCAGCAACAGCCUCUCUCCUUACUCAUACCCUCACACCAUGCCUGUAUGCAGCUGCCGGAGAUCAUGAAAUACUCUGCAUGAGGUGUCCGGUACUCUGGAUUCUUAUGAUCUUUCGUUUUGAGUGUCCCCUCCUUCAGAGUGUGAGGUGGACGGACUCCCAAGUGGGUACGGAUCCAGGGACUCCAUCCUUAAGCCUGGUGCAAAGAAAGACUGGAAAAGACGAAGGCGUGAGCAACUGAGGCGGAGUAACAGUGUGGUGAGCCCUGAGUCCAUUUAAUGCCUUGUGUGCAGCUAAAAGGCUGGCUGCCGCAGACGUGAGUACAACUGAGGGUUGUAGUCCGGUUUGUGUUGUUGCUGAUGUUUCAGCUGCAGCAGCUGGGAUCCUGGCAACAGAAGCACCGAGGCUGGCAGAGAGAAACAGCAGUCUGCCUUUGGACUAGGUGGAGGUGCAGCCAUGCGCUGCUCCACCCUACUCGCCAUCCUCACUGGGGUGCUGCUCUACUUGGUGCUGGGCGCUGUGGUGUUCCGCGCCCUGGAGACUCCUCGAGAGGAGAACAAGCACAUCCAGCUGCAGAACACACGCCGGGACUUCCUGUUGAACUUCAGCUGCAUCGAUAAUGACAACCUGCAGGCCUUUAUCGAGGAAGUGUUGGAUGCUGUUGGUGCAGGUGUGGAUGCCACCAAUAAUGACACCUUCGUAAGUCAAUGGGACCUGGCCAGUGCCUUCUUUUUCUCAGGAACCGUCAUCACAACCAUCGGUUUUGGAAACAUUUCCCCUAAAACAUAUGGUGGCCAGUUGUUCUGCAUCUUCUAUGCCUUGGUGGGAAUCCCCCUGUUUGGUAUCCUGCUCGCUGGAGUUGGAGACCACCUGGGUACUGGUCUGAGGAAAGCUGUUCUGAAAGUAGAGACCCUCUUUCUGAAAUGGCGAGUUAGUCCGACCAUUGUGAGAGUGAUCUCAGCCGUCCUGUCCAUCCUGCUGGGAUGCCUGCUCUUUGUUGCUGUGCCUAUCUUUGUUUUUCAAGAGGUGGAGGGGUGGACACUACUGGAGUCAGCCUACUUUGUGGUCAUCACCCUGACAACAGUUGGUUUUGGCGACUAUGUUGCAGGGGAUUCUGGAAACGCAGGCAGCGACCACUGGUAUAAACCUUUAGUCUGGUUCUGGAUCCUGCUGGGUCUGGCUUACUUUGCAUCGAUCCUGACAAUGAUUGGUAACUGGCUUCGGGUCCUGUCUAAGAAAACCAGAGCUGAGAUGGAGGAACUGCGGGCCCACGCCACAGACUGGACCCAGAACAUCCAAAAUAUGUCUGUGGAUUUCAGGAUUCCGGGAAAGAUUGAUGACCCUUUUAAACGUCGCCGGCGAAAGAGGCGUCACAGGCCUCACAGCCGCGGUCACAGUGCAUCAGGUUCAGGGGCCCCAGAGGGAAAAGAAGAGCAGCAUGAGAGUCAAACAGAGUCUGGGUCUUACACAAGUUCCUCUUUCUCAUCUAAUGAAUCAGAGUCUGGAUCUGAAUCAGGCUCUCAGGCCACUCAAACAGAGCGAGUGCCUGAGGAGAAACCUGCCGAACCUGAAACUCUACCUGAUCCCCAUCUUUGUCAGCCUUUGGACUAUUUUGGGGAGAACCUGGCAUUUAUUGAUGAGUCUUCAGAUGCUCAGAGUGCGAAGCUACAUCUGGAUCCUCUGUUGGAUCCAACACAGCCUAAUGGUGUACGCUCUCGUCAGCCAAAGAGAAGACGCCACAGACGGCCUGUUACACAGAGAAGCCCCAAAGUGAACAGAUCCAACCCUGACAAAAAGGAGCCCAAUGGGAACCCAAAACCAGUUCCAGACCUGCCACUGAAGCCUUAAGACUGAAGACGAUAGCAGGAACUCCACUGCUAGCACAAGUAUCCAGAGAGAUUCAAAAGAAAUGAGAUGCAUUUGAAAUCUUAAAGAGGAGUUCACUGUGUAGCUUUUCAUUUGUGUAAAUGCAUUGCAGACACUUAAAAUGAAGCCUUAGCCACUUGUGUUUUGCAUUUGAUGCUCUUAGCAUGCGAGUGUGUAUGCCUUAAUCAAAGAUGAUGAAGUGACUUUCAUGCUGUUUGCCUAGACAGAAUGAUUUCUGAGGAGUUACUGCUCUCUGCUGGGUUUCAGUGGAAGUGCAUUACCACUCCCUGAGUACAGUAGGGACGUCCAAUUCACCAGUGAUAAAACUAAGACCCACUUGGUUUCAAAUAUGCCAUAACAGUGUCAUGGAGCAGGGGCUCUGAUCUCAGACAGUUUGUCCUUUAACCUGCCAAGCAUUAAACGGGUACUAAACAGGCUCUUGUACAUUUUUGGUAUGUAACUAAAGUUUUUAUAACCAUAUAGACAAGAACAAGAAAGGCCAAAUGCAUAAACACUAAUGUAAUGCAUAUAUAUAA